AAAACUCCAAAAAACUAACGUUUUCCAGGUUACCUAACUUUUAACCAAAAAAUGGUGGGCUAAGACUGACCCAGUCAACGCCACAACCUCAAGAAACAGGUCACUCUUCUUCUCCAAAGCAUUCUUUAUCUGGGUUCUUCAGGGUUCCUCUGCUCCGUUAGGUUUCCAAACAUUGCAAGGGUGUUUUUCAGUAUCAAAUCAUGGUGGGGGAAAAGAAGAGAAGAUCUGAAUUGGUAUUAGGAUUUUGGGUAUUGAUUUCUUUUGGGUUGGGGUUGAAUCUCAGUGCGAUGGCCAAUGCAACGCAUUAGCUUCGUAUUACGUACCAAAUGGGACAGAUCUCUCAUCCAUAGCACGAGACUUUUCCACCAAUAUCUCUAUCAUUAGUAGUUACAAUAAUAUUACCAAUACAGAUUUCAUUCUUGCUGGCACCAGAUUGAAUAUUCCUUUCUCAUGUGGUUGUGUUCUUGGACAAUUUCUGGGUCAUCAGUUUGUCUAUCAGGUCAGGUCUGGUGACUUCUACCAAUUGAUCGCACAGACUCGUUAUUCGAAUCUCACAACCGUUGAGAUGAUGGAGAAGUUUAACACCUAUCCUGCUAAUAAUAUACCGGAUAAUGCGCAAUUAAACGUUACUGUGAAUUGCUCGUGUGGAAAUAGCCGGGUCUCUAGUGAUUAUGGAUUAUUCAUAACGUAUCCUCUUCGCCCUCGUGAGAGUUUGAGUUCAAUUGCCAAUGAGUUUCGGCUUCCUGAACCGUUGUUGGAGAGUUAUAACCCUGGUGUGAAUUUUGGCAAUGGGAGUGGCUUGGUUUUUAUUCCUGGAAGAGAUCAAAAUGGAACUUAUCCACGACUGAGAUCAAGCUCAAAUGGAAUAUCAGGUGGAGCCAUAGCUGGUGUAACUGUUGCAGUAGUUGCUGUGGUUCUGUUCUUGGCGGUUUGUUUCUAUGUUCAAUUCUACAGAAGGAAGAAAGUAGUGGAAGGAGCAUUUCUCCGAGAAGCAAUUGAUAACCAUGAUCCUGGAAAUACCUUGGAGAAAACUACAGAAUCAGGUCCUCUUGUUGGUGUUGCUUCCUCUGUGAUUACAGGUAUUACCGUGGACAAAUCAGUGGAGUUCUCUUUAGAGGAACUUGCCAACGCUACAAAUAACUUUAAUUUGGCUACUAAGAUUGGUCAAGGCGGAUUUGCAUCUGUUUACUAUGGAGAGCUAAGAGGCGAGAAAGCUGCAAUCAAGAAGAUGGAUAUGCAAGCAUCAAAAGAAUUCCUUGCUGAACUGAAGGUUUUAACGCAUGUUCAUCACUUGAACUUGGUGCGUUUGAUAGGAUAUUGUGUUGAGGGUUCCUUGUUUUUGGUCUACGAAUACAUUGAGAAUGGCAACUUAAGUGAGCAUCUGCGUGGUUCAGAAAGGCAACCAUUGCUGUGGUCUACUAGGCUACAAAUUGCCCUUGAUUCAGCUAGAGGACUUGAAUACAUCCAUGAACAUACUGUUCCCGUUUACAUCCAUCGUGAUAUCAAGUCGGCAAAUAUUUUGAUAGAUGAAAACUUCCGUGCAAAGGUAGCUGAUUUUGGGCUGACAAAACUGACUGAAGUUGGGUCUACUUCCUUACAAACACAUCUCGUGGGUACUUUUGGCUACAUGCCUCCAGAGUAUGCUCAAUAUGGUGAUGUUUCCCCCAAGACAGAUGUAUAUGCUUUUGGAGUUGUUCUUUAUGAACUAAUAUCUGGUAAAGAAGCAAUUAUCAAGACAAAUGAAGUUGUCACUGAAUCGAAGGGACUCGUUGCAUUGUUUGAGGAAGUACUUAGUCAGACGGAUCCUGGAGAAGGUCUUUGCAAACUGGUUGAUCCCAGGCUUGGUGACAACUACCCACUUGACUCGGUGCGAAAGAUGGCCCAACUUGCCAGAGCUUGCACACACGAAAAUCCUCAGUUGAGGCCAAGCAUGAGGUCCGUUGUGGUUGCACUUAUGACACUCUCAUCCUCAACUGAGGAUUGGGACAUCGGCUCCUUCUAUGAAAACCAGGGUAUGGUUAAUCUUAUGUCCGGAAGGUAGAUUGUGUUACCUGAUACGAGUACCACUACCAACUGUAAAUGUCUGCAAUUGAACUGUGUAAAAGGCCUUGUAGGCGCAUUUUUAAUCAUUCAUAUAAUUUUUUUUUUUGGUGUUUAGGAGGACCAUACUUAACUUUCUAGUUUCUAUAAAUUUGUUGAAGUCUAGUUGUGCUGCUGUUCAUAACAGAUUCUUUAUUAAU